AUGUCUGGACGUGGUAAAGGAGGAAAAGGUCUUGGUAAAGGAGGAGCUAAAAGACAUCGUAAAAUUCUUAGAGAUAAUAUUCAAGGCAUUACAAAACCUGCCAUUCGUAGAUUAGCACGCAGAGGUGGUGUUAAACGUAUCUCGGGUCUUAUAUAUGAAGAGACAAGAGGCGUAUUAAAAAAUAUGGUGACCUAUGUAGAACAUGCAAAACACAUCCUUGUGUGUCGGUAUGUUGGUUCACAGUGUAUCCGUUAG